UGAAAGGUUUUAUUGAUGAAGACUGCUGUCAGCAUUCGCAAAUAAUUUUUAUCGUCCGACAACAUUCUAGCAGCAUUCAGAUAUGACACCAAAGCGUGGUCUCAUAACCGACACCUUCAAGAUUGUAAAGAAGGCAAGGAGAGGGGGCAAGAGAGACAAGUCUCCUUCACCGCCAAUAGCAGAGCCUGAGCCCCCACAACUGAGUGAAAGAGAAAAAGAUCUUCAAGAAUUGAAGAAAUUUGAUCUGGACUGGAAAUUCGGACCAUGCACAGGGAUCAUUCGACUGCAGAGAUGGGAGAGGGCAGCACUGCAUGGGCUGAAUCCCCCGCUGGAGAUUAAAGACAUUUUAUUAAAGGAGAGCACUGACCCAGAGCACACACAGAAUCUCUGGUGUGACUAUCCCCUCUGAAAAACUGAUGGAGAAAAGACAGAAAGAUGAGAACAGAAGAAAUACUUUUGUAGUGUUUUAUAUGUUCUACUAUGUUUGCUUUGUUGUUUAUUACACUACAUUUUAUUAAACAUUUU